ACCCGGCCCUAAAUUGUCGUUUUAGAGUUCUUCGGACGAUUCAGAAACAAAGGCGGUCGGCGAAGCUAGCUAGGGUUCUGAAUUCCCCUCUUCGAAAUCGGGCAAAAUGGCGUCUUUAGCUUCCCUCAAGUCUGCAAUAUUUGACAGAGAAGAGAGAAAGCAGCAGUACCAAGCUCACAUACGAGGCCUUAACGCUUACGAUCGCCACAAGAAGUUUCUCAACGACUAUGUUGGCUUCUAUGGGAAGCAACAAUAUACACAAGAAAAGUUGCCUGUUAAAACUGAUCAAGAUACUCUUAGAGAAGGAUACCGGUUUAUACGAACUGAAGAAGAUGAUAUGAAUCCAUCAUGGGAACAAAAGCUGGUGAAGCGUUACUACGAUAAACUUUUCAAAGAAUACUGCAUUGCUGAUAUGUCACAAUACAAGAGUGGGAAGAUCGGCCUGAGAUGGAGGACUGAAAAGGAAGUCAUAUCUGGGAAAGGGCAGUUUGUGUGUGGUAACAAGCACUGUAAUGAAAAAGAUGGACUUUCAAGCUAUGAGGUUAACUUUUCUUAUUUUGAAGCGGGGGAAAACAAGCAGGCCCUUGUGAAACUAGUAACAUGUGAGAGAGUGGCUGAAUUCUUGUCUAAGAAAACUGAUCCAGUGACCCUAGGAUUAACAGUGGCAAUCCGGUGCAUUGAGAAGUAUUAGCAGAAAAUUAGCCUACCAGUGAUGGACCAAGUUCUCAUCUCUCCUCUCUGCUGUCCUAUGAUUCAUUGAGAUGCUUCUUGCUGUAUAACUGGUCACCUGAGGGUUUAAUAUGUUCAAUCUGAAGUUAUGAAUUUCUAUACUUUUAUUGUCCUUUCUUUACUUGCUUCUCAAAAGAUUAUCUGCUUGUUUCCCAUUUUGUCUCUUUUAUUAUUGUCUGUUCUGAAGGCUAACCUUGGUAACAACAGUAAAGGUUGCUUCUUUAUGAAGGUUAUGGGUUCAAGUUGUGGAAAUAACCUCUCUGCAAAGGGCGAGGUUGCAUGCAUAAAUGACACUUUUCUGACCCUAUCAAAGUAGGGGGCCUCAUACAUUGGAGAUGCCUUUUAUGACUUUGAUAUUUCUAAUGGAGGCAUUUUUUUUCCCACAAUUUUCCUGGAUAAUUCACUCAUCAUUUUAUUACAUGCUAAAUGAUUUCUGUCCCAAUACCGUCAUUAUCAUGGCAUAAAUCUCAUACUUUCUGAACUAAAUU